GACGAGGCCUACGGCUUCGACUUCUACAUCCUGAAGACUCCAAAAGCCGAUCUGUGCUCGAAGCUCGGGAUGGACUUGAAGCGAACGAUGCUGCUGCGACUUGCGCGGCGGGACCCUAAACUGCAUCCCGAUGAUCCAGCCAGGAGAGAGGCCAUCUAUAACAAGUACCAGGAAUUUGCGAUCCCAGAAGAGGAAGCUGAAUGGGUUGGCUUGAGUUUAGAAGAAGCAAUAGAAAAACAAAGGCUCCUGGAAAAAAAGGACCCUGUCCCACUCUUUAAGGUGUAUGCUGAAGAGCUGGUCAACCAACUGAAAGAGCAGGCGCUGCAGAAGCAGUAG